AUGGGCUGCACUUUCCUCGUGGCAGCCCACGGCGGUAGCGGGAACCCCACCGCCGGGUUCGAGAAGGUCAAGCUGACCGCCGGCGACUUCCAGGUGCAGAGCCCGUUCAACGUGCCGGAGAGACAGCGGUUCCAGUACCGCAACGGCGUGCGGACGUUCUGGGUGCACCGAAACGACAAACCCUUCAACACGGCCACCCACACCAACCCCCGCUCCGAAGUUAGGCUCCGGGGCCACGACUACUCGUCCGGGGUGUGGCAGUUCGAGGGGUACGGCUACGUGCCGUCGGGGACAUCGGGCGCAUCGGUGAUGCAGAUCCACAACCAGGAGGGCGCCGCGCACUCGACGGUACUGAUGUUGCACGUCUACGACGGUGUCCUGCGCUUCUACAGCGGGACGGUGGUCGAGCCCGACAUCUACAACCGGUGGUUCCGCCUAAACGUGGUGCACGACGUCCGGGCGUCGACGGUGGCCGUGUACGUCGACGACAAGCACAAGUUCGGCACCAGCGUGACCCCCAGCGAGUCCUACUACUUCAAGUUCGGGGUGUACAUGCAGCACCACGACCAGUCCAGCUGCAUGGAGUCACGUUGGAGCAACGUCACGCUCUACACUAAGCACUGA